UGAAACUUAUUUCUGCGAGAUUAAUAUUCGGUUAAUCAACGCUGAUUAAUUCUCUUUAAUCAGAUAUAUAAUUAGUCAAGUAUAAGCAUCCAAACAUGACGUUGUAAAUCUAAGUGCACGAUUUUUUUUUAUUAAAAUUAAAAUACACGUCAUAUAAUUACGGUUAUUGGCCUUUGUAAUUAUUAUUCUACAACAGUAUUAUUAUAGUAAUAUCUUAAGAUUAAAUUUAGCAUGUUAAGAGGAAACAAUCCAGGAACUCACCGUUCUUACGGCUCUGUCAAUAACUCAGAAGUAUCUUCAUCUAUUGAAGCAAUGCCUUCCAACACGGAUGUCGGCUUUGCGGGUUUUAGCCCUACAGAGCUUUAUAAUUUAAGUGAAAAUAUAAUUACAAAUAUUUAUACUGUUAACUCCAGCUGGCGGACGUUAGAGAAAGCUUUGAAUAAUAUUGGCACUCGAAAAGACAACCAAAGUUUAAGAGAGAAGAUUCAUACGACACAAUUAAGUGCGAACCAGCUAAUAUCAGCUACAAGUAGAGAUCUUCAAAGGCUAACCCAAGUUGUGAGACGAGGAAACAAACAACAAAAGUUACAAGCAGAAAGACUUACAUCAGACUUAAGAGAGGCUGUGGAAAGGUACUCUCUGAUGCAGAAGAAAAUUGCAGAGAAAAUGAAACAGCAUUUGAAAUUUCCAAACCAGUCUGUUUCAAGUGCUGAAGAAACUAUUCAAAAUGAUAUUGAUGACCAAGCUAGAUUAUUACAAGCUCAAAGACAAAUUCAAAAUGAACAGGAAUUUGAAAGAGACAUGUUGCUUGAACGGGAAGCCAGAGUUAAACAAAUUGAAGCAGAUGUUCUGGAUGUAAAUCAGAUCAUGAGAGAAUUAAGCGCUCUUGUUCACACUCAAGGGGAAGCUAUAGAUACCAUUGAGGGAUCUAUAGAAAAUGCAGCAAUUGAUGUAGAAGCUGGAAACUCAGAGUUACGUAAAGCAGCACAGCUACAAAACAAAAAUCGUAAGAAAUUACUCAUUCUCAUAGCUAUAGCUUUACUUAUUGGUAUUAUUAUAACUGUGAUAUUAGUUACUAAACUAAAACGAUAGUCG